AUGAGAGGUGCUCCACUUUCCAUAACUGUGUCUAUGUCAAGCCCCAUGAAAUUCAAAAUUCCAGAAGAUAGUGUCAGUGACAUCUCACAGAUGGCUGGGCCCUCAGAAGCUUCCCCAAUGGAUAGACAGACGACUUCCCAGUUAACGUUAUCAGAACGCCGGGAGGGAUGGUUGAUAGAGACAAGAAAACGCCUCAAUGGAAGGUUUGAUAAGCCACUGGGAUCUGAGGUCUCACUAAAUGUCUCAUUGAAAAGAAAGACAGAAACAUCGAGUUUUGAUGGUUGUAGUACAAUCCUCAAAGGGAAUAACUUUUCUGCAUCUUCCUCCUCCUCCAAGCAACCCAUGAAGACCAUUGCGGAGCUCUUGGCUUGUGCAUACGAUAACCUACUAAAUUUUUUUAGUGCAAAGAAGGACACCAAAAGCUCAAUUCCUGAAAUAAUUUGUGAAGAACAAGAUGACCAAAUAAUUCAAAAUAUGAUCGAGGAACUUCUGGAUGAGGGAAAUAAUUUUUCCCUCAUCGAUGAGGAACCCAUGGCACCACAAGAAAAUAAAGAAGAGGAUGCCCAAGUGAAGGAAGAGGGAAAAGUUGUGAAGGGCUUCAUGAGAUCAUUUUGA